UUGCUAUUUUGCUACAACUACUCCUUAAUAAGAUUAUUUACAUUAUUUAAAUAAUUUAAAAUAGAAGCUAUUAAAUUAAAAGCUUGCAACAACUCCACCCAAGAAAAUGCAGCUAAAGAAAUUGGCAGAAUAUUGUUUUAUAAAGUCAUGGCACACAAUGUCACUGCCCAGUUGCACGAAAGACACCAUACGGAAAGCACGGCGCAAGAAAAACAAAACAAUUGUAAAAAUAUAAAACGUGCACAAAAAAGUAGAAAACCCCUCUGUGAUAUAAUUUAAAACGGAAGUUCUUCUAAAAACUCAAUGCAAAAAAGCUAAGAACUGAGUGAUUGUUUUCUUUGAAUGCGGGAAAACUAUAACCAGUUGCGGCAACUGGUGGUUGCGAUAGAAAUAUCCAAAUCGAGUCACAAAAAAAGCGCGACCGGGAGGUGUUCAUAUACUACGUUUAGCUUUUUUUUGCUCGGAUUCUCUGCAUUAAGGAGUUACCUCAAAUACAUUAGAAACACGCAAACAUUUGGAUUAAAGGCUAAAAUAUGUCAGUUUAUGCAUGGGGAGCCAAUUCACAUGGCCAACUCGGCCUUGGUCAUGAAUCGGAAAUGUGCACAACGCCGCAAUUAUUGAAGAAAUACUCGUUCACACCGUCAAGUGUGCGAUCUAUUAGAGGUGGUGGCGGUCAUGUGCUGGUUUUGGAUGCUUGCGGCCAAGUUCAUGCCUGUGGUUGGAAUAAUCGAGGUCAGCUGGGUUUGGAUUUAAUUCGAGAUUGUGUGAGUGAAUUCAAGACAAUACCGGGCAAGUUUUUUGAGGAUGUUGCCGUUGAUGUAAUUGCCUGUGGCUGGGAUAUAUCUGGCUGCAUAACCAUGUCGCGCAAGCUAUACGUUUGGGGUUCCAAUGCCUUCCAACAGUUGGGCAUUUGCCAACGUGGUUUUACUUCCAUACGCAAACCGUUUCACAUGCAACUGCCUCGUAAUGAUAUUCCAGUGCGUGUGACCUUUGGUAUGCGUCAUACCGCCGUCCUAACAGAUGAUUCGAAAAUUUACAUAUAUGGCCGCUUAAGAACUGCCGACGGUUGCCCCGAAGAAUUAAAUGUAAUAAAAAUUAGUCAAAGUGCCAUGGUUGUAAAACUUCUGCCCCGACUUAGUUCAGAACUGAGAAUUCAGAAUAUUUCCAGUGGUCAGAAUCAUUUAAUGAUGCAUCUAGCCCCGGCAGAGGAUCAACCGGAAAAUAAUGCACCAUCGCGAAGAGUUCUCAUGUUGGGCGACAAUAAAUUUGGCCAAGCAAAUGCCUUCCAAUUUGAUGAAGAAAUUGUUCAAAUCGCCACAGGUUGGACCCACAAUGCUGUUAUGUUAAAGGAUUUGCGUAUCAUGAUGUGGGGUCGUAAUUGUUAUGGCCAAUUGGGCUUGGGUUCGUACACCGAGAACCAUCCCACGCCAAUGGAACUUAAAUUAUCUCCGGCUAUUCUACCUAAAGAAAUCCAUUUGGGAUCUGAACAUGGUUUGGUAAUGACCAAAGAGAGAGAUGUUCUUACAUGGGGAUGGAAUGAACAUGGAAAUUGUGGCAAUGAUUCCACACAUAAUCUUUCAAAACCAAACAUGGUUGAUUUGCCUACAUCUUGUCAAACAGUUGGAACUGGUGCUGGGUUUUGUAUGGUUAUAUGUGAUAGAACUAAUUAAAUUGUUGUAAUUUGUUGUUGUUUUGGUUAAAAAAAACAGUGUAGUAUUAGUCACAAACAUUAAUAAGCUUUAACUAUAAAAUAAGUUUUAUAUUGCCUCAUAUUUUUUUUAAUUAUUUAUGCACAAAAGCUGUAUAUGUAUGUAAUUACUUGAACGGAUAAAUAAAAAGCAAUAGAAUGAAAAGAAAUAUGG